UUCGCAACGCCAGAAUGCGUAUACUUUGAAGUCUUUAAAGAUCCAGAAAAUCCAGGCACACUUUCCUGGGUUGAGAAUUGGAACGCCAGUGUAGAAUGGUUUAUGAAAACACAUCUCGCAAAGGAGUAUUACAAGCCGUAUCUCGAGGCCACGAUGCCGAUGAUGAUCAAGGAGCGGGAAUUCAAGAUCUCGAAGCGCAUGGGUCCGGAAUUGGUUGCGAGCAAGCCGGAGAGUCUCUUGGAGUGA